UUCCACCGUGCAGCGCCUCACCGCGGCGACCUGGCGGUCAACCUGGCGCUGGGCAUCACGCUGCUCUGGCUGCCGCUCUCUGUCGCGGCCCUGGGGCGCGGCCUGUUUGUGAAGUACCGCUUCACCGACCGCCGCAUCAGCGUCAUCACCACCGCGCCCUGGCAGAAUGAGCAGCUGGAUGCAGCGUACGAGGAGGUGUCCCAGGUGGUGAGCAUCGGGCGGGGCGUGGGCGCCUGGGGUGACAUGGUCAUCACGCUGCGCGACGGCAGCAAGAUCGAGAUGCGCUCGCUGCCCAGGUUCAAGGAGAUGGAAGCCUACAUUCUGGCUAGGAGGGACGAG